CCCCAACUAGGAUAAAUGACCGUAGUUCAGACCUGGUGUAGAUAGGUGUCUUCCUGAGCUCAUCUAGGCUUCUCUUCAUUCCAGGAAAUAGUCUUUUCAGUUACCCUUCUUCAUGUAUGCCGGGUAUGUAGUAUCAUGUGUAGCAUUUGCUGGUCCUCGCUCAUACAGUUUCUCAUCAGCAGCCUUGACCCCGUUUCCUCAACAUCAGGAAAAGAUGGUGCUGGUCCCGAGGGCUAAACAUCAUUUUGCUCCAUUGCUAGUGGAAGGUCACAGAGCGGUGCCAAUACCUAUAGUCAGAAGCCAGCCCAAAGUUAAAUUGUCUCGUUCUGAGCAUUGGACCUCCGUUGUGCCCUCCCUGCAUCCCAAGCCCCGGUCUAUAGCGAUACAAUUAGGCAAGGCGGAGCACCAGGCAACUGUCAUUUCCUUACCUCAUCUCAACCAACCAGCUAUGAGCGUGACGCCGCAAUGCCCCAAACCUCGGCCGAGAACCAUAAUUCUACGUUUACCAUAUCCUGCCUACAAACCCAGAACAACUGCUGUACCUUUGUCGUGCCCUCAAUACCAGGUAGGUUCGCUCAGGGUUGAUCUUCCAAAUCAAGAGCCACCAGUCAACAACGCCCAUUCCAAGGCUCACACAGACUCCAAGAUGGCUCAGGGAUGUGGUCAUGUACCUGAGCGUCCAGCAUACCAUCACGUCAGUCCCGUGUCUCCGCCCUGUCCUGUCUUCCAAGGGGAAGCGCCACCAUAUUCCAACCACAAGUUCAAGAUCGCAGCUAUACCAAUACUCAUCCCCAACUACCAAGUGAAAGUCCCCGAGGUGUCUUUAGUCUAUCAGAAUCAGCCGCCCGACAUGUCAUCAAGCCCUAAGAGUAGGGACAAACAGGCCACUUCCCAGGGCGUUUGCGGGAAACCUCAGCGGCAGCCUCACAGGAGCAGAACCACAUCAUCACGUUCUCAUCAGCAGGCCACCAAGGUUCCAUCUUCACCGCGCACCGAGAAGACUGGAGACACAGCUGUGCCAACCCAUCAAGGUCCGAGUCAACCCCAGGCCAGAGCCAAAGACACGCCUUUAAUAGGCCACAAGCAAAAGAGCAGAAAUAGAAUUAUGGAACCAUCAGAGCAUGAUCAACAGGCAAGGGCCAUGGCUGUAUCCUCACCAAUGGCAGAGGCUAUUUCUACAUGCCCUGAUCUCCCAGCUGAGAUUCCAAAAUGUCCCCCUCUCAAGAUUCACGGGACAUCCAAUUUGUUACCACCCUCUGCCCCAGAAGCUACAACUCCAGAGGUUUCGUCUGAAGUCCCAGCGGUCUCCAAACAGAGUCAUACUAUUUCCCCUGGUCCUGAUCCUCCAGAUGAGGUUUUAUCAAAGCUCAUUGACUGCAUUGUAGCUGAACAGGACCACAGCCAACAAGAGCCUGAAGCUUUACUGGAUGUGGAGGAUCAGGAUGUGUCUUUCUUAGACUCUGAAGACCACAACACGAUCUUGUCAGGUGGUGAGCAUCAGUGCACAGCUUCAGAGAAUCACCACUUGACUGAUAUUUUACUGCGUCCCAACAACUGCGCUGGAGAUCAGCUAUGGUUCCAACAACAGAGUAAAGCUUCCCAGAACCCUAGAGAGAGGGUAAAGAUUAUGCCAACUUUUAACUGUGAGAUGAGAUUACCACCACUUCCUAAGCCCAGGACAAUGCUUUCUUUAAAUUUUGACGAUUUUAUUGAAGGGAAGCCAGAUUUUGACCACCAGACUAGUGACGAAAUAAGUUCUUAUCACCAAACUAAUAUUUUACCAAUUUCUGAACAAAUAACUGAGAAUGAAGACAUUGAGGCCCAGGAUUCAAUAUGCCUUGACUGGUUUUCCAAGAGUUCAUCAGAAUCCAACUACCAGGUCACACUUCCAUUAGGCCCUGAUGAGAAGAUCAAGGUUCCAUUGCACCCUGACUGUCAAGUCUUAUCUUUACCUGAACCUCACCAUAGGACUGAAUCUGAAAUAACGAAUGAUGACCAAACGGAAGUCCUAUCAGAGAGUAAUUACCAGACCAAAGAUGCCCUGGAUGGUACCUGCUUCUCUGCGUCUGUCCAUGACCUAGAUGAUGGGACAGAGUCUUUGUUGGACUUUCACCACCAAGGCUUAGCUGCUUCAGAUGCUUCAGAUAAGGCUGCACUAGAUGAUCUUCAAAAUACCAGCCCCCAGUCACAACCUUCCCACCAGACCAAAGUUGAAUCAGGUCUUGACCAAUGCUGUGAGCCUGAUUUGGGCUUGGAUGAGAGGGACGAAUCUUUAUUGAACUCCAGUGACCACGUCAAGGCUGCUCCAGAAUGUGAUGAUGAGCAGGCUGGGACUACAUUGGAUGUUAUCCCAAAGUCCACAACUGAACUGAGUCCUGAACAUCAAGCCGAUGAUGCACCAGAUCCUGAAGAUGAGAAAGAGGAUGCAAUGCUUCCCAGUUAUCAGGAUCCUACUCUAUCAGGACCUGAUCACCAGUUCAAGGAGCCACCAGGUCCUAGUUAUCUGCCAGAGCUUUCUCCAAAAUCCAAAGAUCAAGUUGAGUCUAUCUCUACAUAUUUAACAAGCCCUGACCAAAAAUUUGAGAUUACAGAAAUCCAGGAAAAAGACUCUGGUGAUAUACUAGGCCCUGGCACAAUGGCUACCCUUAAAAGUGGACCUGAGAAUUUGAUCAAAUUUCCACUUGAGGCAAAGAAUCUGACCAAUCUCCAUCAAGAAUCUUUAGAUCGACUAUCUCCUCAUCCAGAAUUCAGUAAGACUGUAUUCAACCCCCCUCCUAAGGACCAGGCAAAGAAAAAUGCAGAUCCAUGGUUUUUUAAGUACUUUAAGCCAUAUUCUACUGAGACUGGAAAUAUCUCUAAUAAAGUAGUGAACAGCAUCAUCAAUUCCAUCCCACAAGAGAAAAUAAAAAUUGAUGUACAAAAGCAGAUUCUCCUACGGCAGAUGAAAAAAUGUCCUAAGACUCAGCGUGGUCCACGACUAUCAUGUACCUAUCCAAUCUGUUUAAUUUGUGCUUCCUGGAUUCCCCAUGGCUGUAUCCACACUAAUUCUACUAAAGAUCAUUGCGGAGCACAACUGGUGGCUAUACCAAUACCUGUACCUGGGUCUAAUCAGGAGAUGGGUAUCAAGUUUGUUCUCCAAGUGUCCCAAAAAAAGCCAUCCCCCAUCAAGUGCUCCCCAAACCAUUAUAAUUUACCUUACCACUCACCAUACCAUCCACCAGCCUUAUCUCUUUUACAGCCUGUGCCACCUAGACUACCAGCUUUUCAAAGUCUAUAUGAAACCAUGUUUCAGUCCAGACAAAAUAAUGAUUUUCAGCCAUACAAGAAAACUAAAUUUGUAAAUCAGAUGCCAUUUGAAAGAAAAAUACCCUUCAAGAGCAAUAACAUCAUAGAAGUAAGACCAAAGACACCUCCUGGAGUUUUCAGAACCCUACUAGAGAAAUUUCAAAAUAAAAGAAUGCAUUAAAGCAAGCAACCUCUUCUAAAAUAA